CGACCGCACCGAGGGCAAGUGGAUGUGCGAGGACGCCAACGGCAACGAGCUCGAGUGGGACCAGGGUCGCAACGCGUGGAUGCCUGCGCUCACCGACGAGGUCGUCAAGCAGCAGCAGGCGGCAUAUUCGGUAGCAGGAGUCGACGAGGAGGCUCCCGUCGCGCUCAAGGAGGACAAGAAGAGCAAGAAGCGCAAGGCGGCCGACGGCGCCGAUGGCAAGAACAAGAAGGCGCGCGGCAACACGGCCAUCUUUGUCUCGUCGCUCCCCAAGUCGACGACGGCCUCUCAGCUCGUCGACACGUUCAGCAAGGCGGGCCUCAUCCUCGAGGACGUCAACGGCGAGCCCAAGGUCAAGCUGUACAAGGACGAGCACGGCGCGUUCAAGGGCGAGGCGCUCAUCGUGUACCUGCAGGAGGCGAGCGUCGCGCUCGCGUGCCGGCUCUUUGACGAGACCGAGCUCGUCCUCGGCAGCGGCGAGGGCCUGAUCAGCGUCAAGGAGGCGCAGUGGGACAACAAGAAGGCGGACAAGGGCAAGGAGGAUGGGCCGGGCCAGGGCGAGGGGACGAGCGCGGGCAAGGGCAAGCCGGACCAGCAGAAGGCGCGACAGGGCAAGAAGGCGGCGGCAUUGCGGCAGAAACUCGGCGACUGGUCGGACGACGAUGAGGACCCGGCCGAGGCGGCCGCACGGGCGCGCAAGUACCGCGGCGUCGUCGUCCUUGAGGGCAUGUUCACGCUCAAGGAGCUCGAGGAGGACGCGACCUUGCUGCUCGACCUCAAGGAGGACGUGCGCGAGGAGUGCGAGACGAUCGGCGAGGUCACCAACGUGACGCUGUACGACAAGGAGGAGAAGGGCGUCAUGACGGUCCGCUUCAAGGACGAGCUCGCCGCGCAAGCCUGCAUCGCCAAAAUGAACGGCCGCUUCUUUGGCGGGCGCACGGUCGCGGCGUUCCCGAUGGACGGCUCGCAGCGGUACAAGAAGAGUGGGCAGGGGGUCGACCUGCGCGGGACGGGGCUCGGCGACGAGGACGAGGACGACGCGGCGGCCAAGAAGGAGGAGGAGCGGCUGGAGAAGUACGCGGCGUGGCUCGAGCAGGGCGGCGAGUAGAGCUCGCGGGCGGGCUGCUACAUCUUGGUGAGCGUGUUCGUG